GUCAACAUCCCUGGUUCCCUGCUGCAACUGCAGCGUUGCAUUCGUGAGCGGCUAGGGUUUCUCCGCUAAAUGAGUUAAUUGGACAAUGUUUUAUUGAACUUCAUUUGUAAGGAUAUGAAUCAUCAACAGCUUUUUAAGAAUUAAACGAACAAAUUCAGAUGAUAUAAAAUGAAGCUUACACGGAAGUUGGUUCUCGCUAAAGCCAAGGCCUCCGAUUUAGACAGCGUGAAAAAACUCAACUGUUGGGGCUGCAGCCUGACUGAUAUCUCAAUCUUCUCUCAAAUACCCAACGUUGAGGUGCUGACACUCAGUGUUAACAGCAUCUCAUCGCUCUCUCCACUUGCUGGCUGCCAGUCUCUGUGCGAACUGUACCUGAGACGAAACAUGAUUCCUUCUCUUUCUGAACUCUCCUACCUACGACCACUGACACGUCUGAAGGUGCUCUGGUUAGCCGAAAACCCUUGUUGUGGAACUGACCCCAGUCAAUACCGGCUAAAUGUACUGCGCUGUCUACCUCGUUUACAAAAGCUGGACAACCAGGUGGUGACAGAAGAGGAGCUUGCACUUGCUCUCAUGGAGGGGGAGGAGGUCACUACACCACCUGCCAGUUUCCAGAACCAGCUUUCCACCAACGGGCUGACAGACUUGGAGACAGAAAAUGACCCCCUAAACUACAACAUGGAGGAAACCAAUAAAAUCAGGGAACAGUUAGGGAUGAAGCCUCUUCCCAGAGAUAAAUUCCCAUCACUUUCAUCCCCAUCGACUAGAGACAGCAUACCAGUUGUCAAAAAGACACAUACUCUCGAGGCAGUGCUGUUGCUACUGAAGGAUUUGGAUGAAGACGAGCUACACAUCAUACACACCGCUACCCAGAACAGACUUCAAACAUACACUCAGCUCAGAAACCCUAAUGAACUCACUGCAGACACAGAAAACUACUGACAUCCAACAAUGAUAUGUU